GCCGGUGGGGCCAGCCCUGCCCGAAGGUUUCCCCAAAGGUGCUCUCGUCUGACCUGCGCACAGAGAGGGCGGCGGGAGGCGAUGGCCUCACACACGAGCCGCCCUGGUCCCCGCGGGGCCACGCCCGGGGGAGCGCCUGUCCCUCCCCCGGCACUGCCCCUCCCAGCCACCCCCUUGCUCACUGCUUCCCCUCCCCCAGGGCAGAUGGUGGCCGCCAGCCCCGGGCAGCGCCUGCCGGCUGACCCCUGCGCACGCCCGGGAUGGCAGCGAGGUGACCUGUGCUGAGGAUGACCCUGACUGACAGGCUGCGUGAGAAGAUCUCGCUGGCCUUCUACCGCCACGGGCUGCUCUGCGCCUCCCACCCCGUCCCCAUCACCCUCUUCACGGGGCUCUGCAUCCUCGCCUGCUGCUACCCACUGCUGAAGCUCCCCCUGCCGGGGACGGGCCCCGUGGAGUUCACCACCCCCGUGAAGGACUACUCGCCCCCGCCCGUGGCCCCGGAUCCCACGCCAGGAGAGCCGAGCGAGCGGCCCGAGUGGUACGUGGGCCCCCCGGUGGCGUACGUCCAGCAGAUCUUGGUCAAGUCCUCGGUGUCGCCCUGGCACAAGGACCUCCUGGCCGUGGACGUGUUCCGCUCCCCUCUGUCCCGGGCCUUCCAGCUGGUGGAGGAGAUCCGGAACCACGUGCUGAGAGACAGCUCUGGGGCCAGGAGCCUGGAGGAGGUGUGCCUGCAGGUGACCGACCUGCUGCCAGGCCUCAGGAAGCUCCGGAACCUGCUCCCCGAGCACGGCUGCCUGCUGCUGUCCCCCGCCAACUUCUGGCAGAAUGACCGCGAGCGCUUCCACGCCGACCCCGACAUCAUCGCGACCAUCCACCAGCACGAGCCCAAGACCCUGCAGACCUCAGCCACGCUCAAAGAUCUGCUGUUUGGGGUCCCCGGGAAGUACAGCGGGGUGAGCCUGUUCGCGAGGAAGAGGAUGGCCACCUACACCAUCACCCUGGUCUUCCGGCGCUACCACGCCAAGUUCCUGAGCAGCCUGCGGGCCCGCCUGAUGCUCCUGCACCCCAGCCCCAACUGCAGCCUGCGGGCCGAGAGCCUGGUGCACGUGCACUUCAAGGAGGAGAUCGGCGUCGCCGAGCUCAUCCCGCUCGUGACCACCUACAUCAUCCUGUUCGCCUACAUCUACUUCUCCACGCGCAAGAUCGACAUGGUCAAGUCCAAGUGGGGGCUGGCUCUGGCCGCUGUGGUCACGGUGCUCAGCUCGCUGCUCAUGUCUGUGGGGCUCUGCACACUCUUCGGCCUGACGCCCACCCUCAACGGCGGCGAGAUCUUCCCCUACCGUGUGGUGAUCGGGCUGGAGAACGUUCUGGUGCUGACCAAGUCCGUGGUCUCCACGCCUGUGGACCUGGAGGGGAAGCUGCGCAUCGCCCAAGGCCUGAGCUGUGAGGGCUGGUCCAUCAUGAAGAACAUGGCCACGGAGCUGGGCAUCAUCCUCAUCGGCUACUUCACCCUCGUGCCCGCCAUCCAGGAGUUCUGUCUCUUUGCCGUCGUGGGCCUGGUGUCCGACUUCUUCCUUCAGAUGCUGUUUUUCACCACCGUCCUGUCCAUCGACAUUCGCAGGAUGGAGCUGGCGGACCUGAACAAGCGGCUGCCCCCCGAGGCCUGCCUGCCUCCUGCUAAGCCAGGGGGGCGCCCCGCGCGCUUUGAGCGGCAGCUGGCGGUGCGGCCGGCCACGCCCCACACCGUCACACUGCAGCCGUCCUCCUUCCGGAACCUGCGGCUCCCCAAGAGGCUGCGCGUCGUCUACUUCCUGGCUCGCACCCGCCUGGCACAGCGGCUCAUCAUGGCAGGCACCGUGGUCUGGAUCGGCAUCCUGGUGUACACAGACCCGGCUGGACUGCGCAUCUACCUCGCGGCCCAGGUGACGGAGCAGAGCCCGCUGGGCGAGGGCGCCCUCACUCCCGUGCCUGUGCCUGGAGGCAUGCUGCCCGCCAGCCACCCGGACCCCGCCUUCUCCAUCUUCCCACCGGACGCCCCCAAGUUCCCUGAGAACCACACGUUGCCAGGGGAGAUGCCCGAGUCCGGGGGUCUGGCCGAGGGCGUCCCUGACAGCCCCGCCCCCGAGGUCACCUGGGGGCCCGAGGACGAGGAGCUGUGGAGGAAGCUGUCCUUCCGCCACUGGCCGACGCUCUUCGGCUACUACAACAUCACGCUGGCCAAGAGGUACAUCAGCCUGCUGCCCAUCAUCCCCGUCACGCUCCGCCUGAACCCCAAGGAGGCCCUGGAGGGGCGGCACCCUCAGGACGGCCGGAGCGCCUGGGCCCCCGCUAGCCCAGGCCUGGCGGGGCUCUGGGAGGCCGGCCCCCAGGGGCCAGGUGUGGCGCAGACCCACGGAGACGUCACCCUGUACAAGGUGGCUGCGCUCGGCCUGGCCGCCGGCAUCGUCCUGGUCCUGCUGCUGCUCUGCCUGUACCGUGUGCUCUGCCCGCGCAACUACGGGCAGCAGGGCGGCGGGCCGGGCCGGCGGCGCCGCGGAGACCUGCCCUGUGACGACUACGGCUACGCGCCCCCCGAGACGGAGAUCGUGCCCCUGGUGCUGCGUGGGCACCUCAUGGACAUCGAGUGCCUGGCCAGUGACGGCAUGCUGCUGGUGAGCUGCUGCCUGGCGGGCCACGUGUGCGUGUGGGACGCACAGACCGGGGACUGCCUCACGCGCAUCCCUCGCCCCAGGCAGCGCAGGGACAGCGGCGGUGGCGGCGGCGGCAGCGUGUUCGAGGCUCAGGAGAGCUGGGAGCGGCUGUCGGACGGCGGUAAGAGCAGCGCAGAGGAGCCUGGGGACAGCCCUCCGCUGCGGCACUGUCCCCGGGGCCUCGCGCCACCUUCCGUCUUCGGGGACCAGCCCGACCUCACCUGCCUGAUCGACACCAACUUCUCUGUGCGGCCGUGGCUCUCAGAGCCCACUCAGCCUGAGCCCCGGCACCGGGCAGGCUGCGGCCGCGCUCGGGACAACCCGGGCUACGAUUUCAGCCGCCUGGUGCAGCGAGCGUACCAGCAGGAGGGGCUUGCCCCCGUCCACGCACAGACCCUGUGCCCUCCCUACCCUGGGCCCACGCUGCCCCAGGCCCCUGAGGACGAGGGGGGCUCUCCCCCCGAGAAGGGCACCCCAGCCCUCGCCUGGGCCCCCAGUGCCGAGGGCUCCUUCUGGAGCCUGGAGCUGCAGGGCAACCUCAUCGUGGUGGGCAGGAGCAGCGGCCGGCUGGAGGUGUGGGACGCUGUCGAGGGCUCCCUGCGCUGCAGCUGUGAGCAGGUCUCCUCGGGAAUCACCGCCCUCGUCUUCCUGGACAGAAGGAUCGUGGCUGCCCGGCUCAACGGUUCCCUCGACUUCUUCUCCUUGGAGACCCACGCUGCCUUCAGCCCCCUGCAGUUCCGAGGGCAGGGCAGCUCUCCCGUGGCCCCUGUGUACAGCAGCAGUGACAGGGUGGCCUGCCGCCUGACCCACACCGUGCCCUGUGCACACCAGAAACCCAUCACCGCUCUGAAGGCAGCUGCCGGGCGCCUCGUGACCGGGAGCCAAGACCACACUCUGAGGGUGUUCCGUCUGGAGGACUCGUGCUGCCUCUUCACACUGCAGGGCCACUCAGGGGCCAUCACAGCUGUGUACAUAGACCAGACCAUGGUGCUGGCCAGCGGAGGACAGGACGGGGCCAUCUGCCUGUGGGACGUGCUGACCGGCAGUCGGGUCAGCCACAUGUUCGCCCACCGUGGGGACGUCACCUCCCUCACCUGCACCACCUCCUGUGUCAUCAGCAGCGGCCUGGACGACCUCAUCUGCAUCUGGGACCGCAGCACAGGCAUCAAGCUCUACUCCAUCCAGCAGGACCUGGGCUGUGGGGCCAGCCUGGGGGUCAUCUCAGACAACCUCCUGGUGACCGGUGGCCAGGGCUGUGUCUCCUUCUGGGACCUAAACUAUGGGGACCUGCUGCAGACCGUCUACCUGGGCAAGAACAGCGAGGCCCAGCCCGCCCGGCAGAUCCUGGUGCUGGAGAACGCCGCCGUCGUCUGCAACUUCGGCAGCGAGCUCAGCCUGGUGUACGUGCCCUCGGUGCUGGAGAAGCUGGACUGAGGGCAGGCGGGGGCUGAGGGCUCCGUGGAGCCAAUGCCCUGGACCGAGUCGGGGUGUAACGCGUCUGGCUGUCCUGCCUCAGGACGGGAACAUUAAACUUUGUACAAAACCACA